UUAGCUAGCGCUCGCUCUUGCUCUCUUCAACGGGGAACCCGCGGACUCCAAGAGACUGGACUCUUAUCUCUUGCCUCUUUCCCAACAGACUCGUUUGUUUUCAACUUUUUGCUCACGAACACACUCAACGGGAAAAGGAAAAAGAAAAACAGCCGGGGAAAAAAAUUUUAUGAGUCCUUUUAUUUUUUUUUUUUUUACAAAAAAAAAGUUAAUAUAAAAUUAUAGCCAAAAAGAAUUAAAAAAAAAAGGAACCUGAACUUUUUUUUUUAUUAGUUCACACAGCUGGAACAAUCCGCAGCGGUGGCGGCGGGAGAGAGAGAGAGAGAGAGCGAGGACAAGGAGAAAAAGAUUUAAUUUUAGUUGAUUUUCUGUGGUUGUCGGUUCGUUCGCUCGUCGCACGGUGAUGGAAGCUGCACAUUUUUUCGAAGGCACCGAGAAGCUGCUGGAGGUCUGGUUCUCCAGGCAGCCUGCCUACGCGGCCAGCGCCAGCCAAGGCUCUGGGGAUCUGCGCACCAUCCCCAGAUCCGAGUGGGACAUACUUUUGAAGGAUGUGCAAUGUUCAAUCAUAAGUGUGACAAAAACUGACAAGCAGGAAGCUUAUGUACUCAGUGAGAGUAGCAUGUUUGUCUCCAAGAGACGUUUCAUUUUGAAGACAUGUGGUACCACCCUCUUGCUGAAAGCACUGGUUCCCCUGUUGAAACUUGCUAGGGAUUACAGUGGGUUUGACUCGAUUCAAAGCUUCUUUUAUUCUCGUAAGAAUUUCAUGAAGCCUUCUCACCAAGGGUACCCACACUGGAAUUUCCAGGAAGAAAUAGAGUUUCUUAAUGCAAUUUUCCCAAAUGGAGCAGCAUAUUGUAUGGGACGUAUGAAUUCUGACUGUUGGUACUUAUAUACUUUGGAUUUCCCAGAGAGUCGGGUAAUCAGUCAGCCAGAUCAAACCCUGGAAAUUCUGAUGAGUGAGCUUGACCCAGCAGUUAUGGACCAGUUCUACAUGAAAGAUGGUGUUACUGCAAAGGAUGUCACUCGUGAGAGUGGAAUUUGUGACCUGAUACCAGGUUCUGUCAUUGAUGCCACACUAUUCAAUCCUUGUGGGUAUUCGAUGAAUGGAAUGAAAUCGGAUGGAACUUACUGGACUAUUCACAUCACUCCAGAACCAGAUUUCUCUUAUGUUAGCUUUGAAACAAACUUAAGUCAGACCUCUUAUGAUGACCUGAUUAGGAAAGUGGUGGAAGUCUUCAAGCCAGGAAAAUUUGUGACCACCCUGUUUGUAAAUCAGAGUUCUAAAUGUCGCACAGUGCUUUCUUUGCCCCAGAAGAUUGAAGGUUUUAAACGUCUUGAUUGCCAGAGUGCUAUGUUUAAUGAUUACAAUUUUGUUUUUACCAGUUUCGCUAAAAAGCAGCAACAGCAGAGUUGAUUAAGAGAAAUGAAGAAAAAACGCAAAAAGAAAACGCACAUAGAAGAUGGUGGCUGCUUUUUAGAUGUUGAUACCAGGGGCCAUGCUUUCAAUAACCACCACCUUGUAGUUGCAGAAAGCCCUAGAUGUAAAGAUAGUGUAAUCAUUUUGAAUUGUAUGCAUUAUUAUAUCAAGAAGUUAGAUAUCUUGCAUGAAUGCUCUCUCCUAUGUUUAGGUAUUCUAUGCCACUCUUGCUGUGAAAUUGAAGUGCAUGUAGAAAACUUUUAUUAUAUAAAACAUUACAACACUUGUGGAAACAAUUCAAUUUGGUUUAUGCACAGUGUAAUAUUCCUUCAGAUAUCAUCCAAAAUCCCCCAUAGACAAGGCUUUCGUCCUCACUAGGUGUUGGCCUCAGCCUAACUGCCUGGGACUGUUUUAGUAUGCUGCCAGGAUUUUUACAUCUAGUUACCUCCACUUUCUAUUCUCUACUAAUAUUGAAACCAGUUUCUACUUCAAACAGAUGUUUUUGCAACAGCAAUUAAAAGUUUUCUUCCAUGAAUCGAGUCCUCUUAAGAAAAUGAUUGCCGACUAUUGUGUAUUACUGUUGUAACAUUGCUUCCUAUAUUUGUAUUCCUUUAAUUGACUUCUUUAUCCCCACCACUUUUCCUUUUUCCCUCCCCCACCCCAAUAAAGCAAUACACUUUAAAAAAAA